AUUUAAGCUACAGUACAUGUGUUAGCAUUAGAAUAACUUGGCUAACGCUCUCAUGGAGUAUGCGUCGAGGGGGCGGCGGGGCUCCUUUUGCAUUUUCUGGGAUCAGCGUGACCUUUUGAGACGUCUCAACCACCUGUUGCCACGCACAUUCGCACCUUCACACCCUCCUUGGCGUACGCCCUUGCUCUCUUGUGAGCCAGCGCUCGGUUGGGGGGUGGGCACACACAUUGUCCAUUUACGCCGUUACGCAACGCUGGCUGUUUAUGGCUUCUGUUGGAAUUAGAUCAGGGUUUGGGCCAGUUGACCAGAGAUGUCAAGGAUGGUGUUGGGGGCCAUGGAAAAUAAACUGUGUUCCGAUCUUCCACGGCAAAGUGAUGAAUACUCCACCAUGAAAUCUCCGGAACGCUGCUGCGGGGUCGCCAGUAUGAUGGAGCCCACCCCAGCUGACCUUGGACAAAAGGUGGGCUACAAACUGGAUUAGCCACCAGCCAAUCACAGAGGAGAUGCCAAAGUUCCAAUUGUGCUGACAACCCUAGAGAGACACACCUUUCAUUGACGGCAAUAAUGAGGUUGGAAUCAGACCCAACUCACGGCAUCAUAAGUCAAUGAGGCACCAGCACCGUUUUAGACACGCCCCCCCCUUUUAAGCUUCUAAUGUAGGUCAGUGUUUUGGCCUCGUGGCCUUGAUGGCUCACCACAGGUAAAAGAGCAGGUAAGAGCGUUUGAGUGGUUACUAUGUAACUGUGGCCAAGUGUUGCAGAAGGGAGUGUGUGUUUGUACACGUGGGGGUGUUCUGAGGGGGGCGUAAUUAGGGUGUCGCAUAUCACCAACGGAAAAGAAGAGUUAAUGAUGCACUAGCGGCUCAGCAGGAAGCAGCACCAACGCUUUCUCUCGUCUCUCCAUAGCAACCAACCAGUAUGGCGUUCGCUUACCGAUGCCAGGUGCUGCAAUAAACGAGAAAGGAGGCGGCGGCGCAGGCACGGCCUUGUUGGCGACCCCAUGCAAGGACCUGCUGAGAAGCUUCCCCCACACCAAGCGGGUGGGCUCCUACCUGGUAGGCAAGAUGAUUAACAAGGGCUCCUUCGCCAAGGUGAUGGAGGGCCUCCACAUCACCACCGGAGAGAAGGUGGCCAUCAAGGUGAUCAACAAGAAGAAAGCAUGUCAGGACUCUUAUGUGCAAAAGAACAUGAAGAGAGAACCUCGCAUCCACCAGCUGAUACGGCACCCGAACGUCGUCGUCCUGCUGGAGACCAUGGAGACGGAGAACAGCUACUACAUGGUGCUGGAGUUGUGUGGCGGCGGCGACCUGAUGGAGCGCAUCUGCGACAAGAAGCGUCUGCCGGAGAAGGAGGUGCGGCGAUACACACGGCAGAUCCUGGCGGCGGUGGCACACCUCCACCAGCAUGGCGUCGUGCACAGAGAUUUGAAGAUUGAGAACUUCCUGCUGGAUCAGCACAACAACAUCAAGAUUGUGGACUUUGGCCUGAGCAACACGGUGAAGUCAGAAUCUUUGCCUCCGGAGCUGCUCAGCACUCAGUGCGGAAGCCCCGCCUACGCCGCCCCUGAGCUCCUCGCCCACAGGAAAUACGGACCCAAAGUGGACGUGUGGUCUGUAGGCGUGAGCGUGUUUGCCAUGCUGACUGGCACGCUGCCCUUCACCGUGGAGCCCUUCAACAUAAAAAAUCUGCACCACAAGAUGCUGCACGGCGACAUCGCACACAUACCCAGUGACAUCAGCAAAGGCGCUGUGACGUUCGUGCUGUCUCUGCUGGAAGCCGACCCUGAGAAAAGGCCCAGCAUCCGAGCCGCUAUGGAGUGCGGCUGGAUCAAUGAAGGCUACGCCAAGAGCCCGCUUCUCACACUCUUGCUCAGUAACAGGCUGUGCGCCGAGGAUGUGGACGCGUCAGUGCUAGCGUACAUGACAGACACGCUGGGCUACUCAGCCUCCGAGGUCACGCGCACACUCACCGAUAACCGGCCUUCUCCAGUCAUGGCCGCUUACCACUUACUGCUCGCCAAGAUCAAGAGGAACCCGCCAUGUGUCAAGGAGAAAAAGGCGGCAAGCAGACAUCCCAUGGAAAACAGACAAAGGGCAGAGCGGAGGCGCAGCAGGAUUAGACGCCAGCAGCCGCCACGACAACACGAUCAUCACGAUCAUCACGUUGAUGACAAUGGAGCAGUGUCAUCCCCUCUCGCCCCUCUUAGACCCUCAACAUCACCAGAGGUCACUGAUCUGGAUCCCGCCGCCAUCUUGAAUAAGACAGAGACUCUGCUUCUUCCUCACGUCUUGGGCUCCAAAGACCAAGUGGUCCAUCUUUCUCCUCCCAAAACAACCACGUCGCACCUGUGUGACUCCGCCCCUUGCCAUGCCCCCUCGCCCGCCAAUCCAAGAGACAGCCCAUCGGGGCCCGUCCAACUGGUGAGACAGCUCAUUGGGACCACGUUGUCAGACGGCGGCGGGGGCCCUAUGGAAGACGUCCUGAGGUUCAGCGCACCACAGAAAAGCGGCGCUUCUCCCAGAAUGCACCUGGAAACCCUGCAGAGAGCUCCGCCCACUACGCUGCCACGCAUACACAACCUUGGGUCGAAAGAAGAAAGAGCCGUAAAGGUUUCAUGGGUCCCGCUGAGUCUGCCCGAGACCUCUGGAUUGCAAGUGAGUGCAUCCAAAACUCAGGCUUGCCCCCCACAGAGAAACACUAUGAAGGGUGGGAAGACGACAGGAACUAAGAAGAGCUCCAUAGCCAAGUUCCGCCCGACUCCACGCCGACGAAUGACAGAACUCAAUUUUCCGUUGCUUCCUGCUGCACUGCAAUGCAAGUCAGACAGAAAACUGCACAGUGUGGACUGCUGACAUCUCAAAGGCUUAACACAAACAGGAAAAUUAUUCCAAAAAUAAAAACUGUUUCAAAUAUUGCUUUUUUUGUAUGUCUCGUGUUCAAUUUUUCUAUUUGUUUUCUACUCCAACACUCUAAUAAUCUUGCACUCUUUGAGUUUCCUGUGGUCGCUUUCCAGGUUCAAAUUCAUGCGUGUGGUCAUGACAUGUCUGUUAUUAGCCAUUCUAGCACACUAAAUUAUUCAUCCUGCUAUGAGAUAGUGUGUACCGUUUUUUCCCAUGUAUAAUGCGCCCCCAUGUAUAAUACGCACCCUGAAAAUGGCAUGUCGAUGCUGGAAAAAAGCCUGUACCCAUGUAUAAUACGCACCCAAUUUUUAUUUUUUUUAUUUUUAAGUCCCAAUGAUCGUCACCUGGGUGUGGUGAAAUUUGUCCUCUGCAUUUGACCCAUCCCCGUGUGAUUUUGAUCCAUCCCCUGGGGGAGAGGGGAGCAGUGAGCAGCAGCGGCGCAGCGCUCGGGAAUCAUUUGGUGAUCUAACCCCCCAAUUCCAACCCUUAAUGCUGAGUGCCAAGCAGGGAGGCAAUGGGUCCCAUUUUUAUAGUCUUUGGUAUGGUCUUAACUAGGCUGGAUGUAUUUUUUUUGUUGCCGUUGAUUUCGCCGACUGCCCGUAAAGGCACCACCGCGAUCAGUUAGGUUAAAAUGAAGAGAGGAAAGUGACGUGCGGACAUGUGAAAAAGGCGGCUCUGU